AUGCGGAUGCUUGCCUAUGGCACUAUAGCUGACUCCCUUGAUGAUGGUUAUGCCAUGGCAGAGAGUACCGUUUUGGAAUGUGUUAAGGAGUUUGCCAGCACGAUCAUUUCUGAGUUUGAAGAAGACUACCUAAGACCACCUAACCAGGCUGAGUUGAAUCGGAUUCUUGCAGAGAAUGAGGCUCGAGGCUUUCCCGGGAUGAUUGGAAGAUCAAGCAAUGACUUGAAUGUGUUGGAUCGCUCACAUGUGUUUGAUGAUCUGGCCAAUGGAAGAACUCACCCCGUAGAAUACUUUGUGAAUGGUAACAAGUAUGAUAUGACAUACUAUCUUGCCGAUAAGAUAUAUCCUGAUUGGGCGACGUUUGUUAAAACUAAAAGUGACCCUAUAAAUUCGAAGGACAAGACAUUCGCCGAAGCUCAAGAAGCUGCAAGAAAGGAUGUGGAACAGUCGGAGCGGGACAUGGAGACAGAUGAGAACGAGUUUCGUGAGGCCAAUGACCCACCAAUUCUUAGGGACAGAACUAUAACCGAGCUUAAUGACUACAUGGCUGCAUACCAUAAAAUCCAGGACCGGCCGACAUCCAAGCGCCUGCAACAAGACCUCAUUGAGCACCAUUGGAUGUUGAAAGGAAACGAGAUAGGGCCAUAUGCGCGGAGGUCUCGGCAGUAG